CAGUAAGUGUGAGGAAUUUGGCCAUAAAACCACCUAUCUGUGCAGAUUUUGGAAAAUUCAAAAUGACUGGUUCACUAAAAGUCAACCUUAUUUUAGUUCUGUCACUGUCUACAAUGCAUGUAUUGUGGUGUUAUCCGGUUCCAUCUUCUAAGGUGCCUGGGAAAUUUGAUGACUUUCUUUUCCUGAUGGACAACUGUCUCACCAGACUGGACAGGGACGAGGGACUAGCUUUUCUAAAGCCAGUUUUGGAGAAGGCAUUUUUGAAAAGGUCCUUUCGCAAUGGAGUUGGCACGGGGAUGAAAAAAACUUCCUCUCGAAGAGCAAAAUCCUGAAUAAGUGUGCAAAGGACUCUGGGAAU